AGUAAACGCUGUACCAUGUGAGUACUCGACCAAGACGACGAUAUGUUGCGGCAUAGUCGCAAGGGAUCUGAGAAAAGGUGUAGUCCAGGAGCCGUUAUAGCAGGCUAUGUCCAGUCGCUCCAUAGGCCCUGUCUCAACUAGCCGAUGGAUUAUGGGUGAGAGCAGAUCGGUAGGAUCGCAUCGCAAGACGAGCGAUGUGACACGUGGAAGCGCCAUGGCCUUGAGCGCGGCUUCAUCCAACGGCGCGGACCGCGUAAGCGUACGACCAUAGAGAUGCAGCUCUCCGACCGUGU